UCGAUUUUCGCUGCCAACCGCACGGGAGCAAAACAUCAGAAAAUCUUUCACCCGAAGGAGGAUCAUCGUCGCGCAACAUUUCGCGAUAAGUUUUCGUCCGCUUUAUCGCACGCAGAUAGCAUAGCUGCAGUAAAAGGUCCCGUUCCGGUCCCGUGGGAAAGAUCCUCGCCGUACGUGUGUGAUGCGCUAACGGGUCCGUCGCUGUCGUCGUCGUGAGUGCGUGCGUGAAGUGCAAGUGUCCGGUCGAUUCGGGAUUGUUCCGUUCUUCCCCGACGUCGUCUACUCGCUUGUCAGUCAGUGAGUGUAUUUGAACUCGUCAUCAUCAUCAUCAUCAGCAGCAGCUCUUCUCGGCUCUGGUUUUUGCCAGCGUAAUUUCUUCCAAUUUUCACCCUCGUCUCGUUCGCAUAUCAGAACAUCGGAGAAGAACUCAGCAGAAGUAACAGCACAAGAAGAAAUGUCGUUCGCCGAGAGAUUAGCCGGGUUGAUGGCCCGUCCCGGUCAGGAUAACGUACCGCGAGAUGACGUGCCGUGGCACCUGAAGUACGGCGGACGCGCCGUUGGAAUUGUGGGAGGAUUCUUCGCCGUCCUGUUCGGUCUGUACAACUGCAUCGGAAUCCUGCUGGGAGACGUCGGCUGCCUGGUCGGUGGCAUCCUGGAAAUUUUGGCCGGUUUUGUAGUGCUAGCGAUAGAGGCGCCCUGUUGUUUCAUCUUCAUCGAUCACGUGCAGCAGAUUGCGGAAAAGGCGGACCAACGACCGUACUGGAACCGAGCCGCGCUGUACUGCGUCAUCGCACUCCCACCGGUGAUCCUUUGCCUGGGCUUGGGUAGCUUAUUCGGCUGCGGGCUCAUUUUCGUCACCGGAAUGAUUUACGGCAUGAUGUCGCUCGGCAAAAAGGGAACUCGCGAGGACAUGGCAGCGAUGGCCUCACCGAACGCGAUGUCCCCGGUACAGGGCGUACCCUCAACGGAUCAGCACUCGACCCUAAUGGAGGAUCCCGACAGCGUCGUUUGCGGAAAUGCGGGCGGCGGCAGCAGCGUCAACGGCGGCCUCGUCCGCUGAACAGGGUCGAUCCGGCGGCGCCAACGGUGCCGCUUCCGGGUCCAACCUCGGUGUCCCGAACAGCAAGCAAAGCUCGACCCUGGUCAACAAUGUGCAACCGAUCGCAUACAGUAUGCCACCACCGUACGAUAGUGUAGCCUAAUAAUGAUGGUAAUCCUCCGAACCCUCCCCCCAUCCCUGUUCGUUAUACUUUGAAGAUUGAAGGUAUGGUAGACGAAGUAGUGAAACGAAGCGAAAAGACUUCUAGGCAGAUGUUAUUGUCCACACGUCCACACACUCCCCGAUCCUUCCCGAACUUCCUUUCUAGUUACUACUACUGUGUAUAACUAACUACAAACAACAAUUGUAUUCUAAGGAUUGGUGAGCAAAGUGUUCUGACUCCGGUGAUCGAGAGAAGCAAGCUGCUUACGCAAGAAGAAGCAGCCAAGUCCUCCCCUAAGCUAAGGAACACGAUUAUUUCACAAGUGAAACCUUUCUGUUACUUUUAGCUAUAUUAUGUGCAUUUUUUGCUGUUUAGUGGGCGAUUCAAAGUAUGUGAACUAAAGAUAAACUUUAUGAUUAAUUGAUUAUAUCACCUAAUGGAUACUGAUUAUUAUGAAAACAAAAAAAAGAAAAGCAUUAAUCCCAUUAACUAGCGAAACUUAUUGAAAACCCUAGCUUAAUUGAUUACGAUUAAAACAAAAAAAAAGUAAAUACACUAUAUUUAUAUUAGUGAAGAAGUUGAACUACACAACUGAGAUAUUGUGCUGUAAAUUUUUCUCUUUGCGUUAGGUGUAAAUUUGUUGCUCUUAAGAAGGGUGUUGUCAGAAAAUCAGGAAAAUUGUGAGAACUUGUGAGAACAACACAAGACAAGCACUCUGUGAGAAGAAAUCUACACAUCAAAUUUAGUUAGUCUAAAGCCUAUUUAUUGCAAAAUAUAAUUUACUGAACUGAAUGAUGAAAAUUAACCGGGACGACGAAUAGAAAAAAAUGAUUGAAUAUGAUUUCCGAGAUCGGCUGGCGAGCUUAAGUAACACUUGGCGCCAGCGGAUUUAUUAAAUAGUGAGAAAAAUAAGUUCUGAACGAAUGUACAGCCAAUCAAACGGAAUGGUGUAAUAGUUUAACAACGGUCGACAGAUAGAGACGGAAUAAAACGUGUGCAGAAGAAAUGCUUGUAGUAGUAUAGCGAGUUAAAUUACACUAAAUUAAGACUGGCAGUGAAUAAACUUUCCAUUGAAUAUGUGACAAAAGAGAAA